GGGUGGGAGGAGUGAAAGCGGAUGUUUUGAGCUCGUGACUUCCGUCUCCCUUCACGGCAGAUCAGCUGGAAGUCCCGGGGAAGAAAGAGCCGGGGAGAGCGGAGAAGUCCCGGGAAGGGGAUGGAGGAGCGGCGGCCUCUAUUGGCCAGGUCCCCCCGGGUGUACGGGCGGCGCUGGCUGGUGCUGGUCCUGUUCUCGGCUCUGGGAUUCUUUCAGGGGUUGGUGUGGAACACUUGGGGGCCCAUCCAGGGCUCGGCCCGGGUCGCCUAUGGCUUCUCCAGCCUGGACAUCGCGCUACUCGUCCUGUGGGGGCCCAUUGGGUUCCUGCCCUGUUUCUUCUUCAUGUGGCUGAUGGACAAGAAGGGUCUGCGUGUGACUGUCCUGCUGACCUUGUUGUUUAUGGUGCUCGGAGCCGGUCUGCGAUGUGUGCCCGUGUCGGACUUGUCGAUCAGGAGAAGACUCAUCCACGCAGGUCAGCUCCUGAACGGGUUCGCGGGCCCAACCGCCAUGAACGCGGCUCCUUUCCUUUCCACAACGUGGUUCGCACCGGAUCAGCGAGCCACGGCCACGGCGAUCGCCUCCAUGCUCAACUACCUGGGUGGAGCCUUCGCGUUUCUGGUCGGCCCCCUCGUGGUGCCGGCUCCUCCUAACGGGACGACCAGCGGCCUUCUGUCUAAGGAACAUAUUGGGCCAAUAAAGGACAAGAUAGAGGCUGUGAUGUAUGCAGAGUUCGGGGUAAUCGCUGUGGUCUUCAUAGCGGUUGUGGCGUAUUUCCCCCCUCGUCCGCCAGUCCCCCCCAGUAUCGCUGCCGCCAGUCGCAGGUUGAGUUAUCGGAGUAGUAUCUGCAAGCUGCUUAGCAAUGUUCGUUUCCUCAUGAUCGUGCUGGCUUACGCGAUCCCUCUCGGGUUUUACGCUGGGUGGUCGGGGGUUCUGGAUCUGAUUUUUCGAUAAUUACAUAUCGGUCCUCCUCCGCAGGUUGAUGCCGGCUGGAUCGGAUUCUGGUCCGUUGUUGGGGGAUGCGUUGUCGGAAUCGCUGUGGGCAGGUUCGCAGAUUCCAUCCGGGGAGUCCUGAAGCCCAUUCUCGUUUUACUCUUCUCAGGCUCCACGUUGGCAGCCACGUGGUUCACGCUCACCUUUCUCAGUAAUUUCACUCACCUUCCUCUCACUACAGCGACUCUGUACACCUCGUGUAUCCUGAUCGGCGUUUUCCUGAACGGCACGGUGCCGAUCUUCUUUGAGAUGUUCGUGGAGACGGUUUAUCCGGUGCCGGAGGGGAUCACCUGCGGAUUCGUCACCUUCCUCAGUAAUAUCUUCACCGGGCUCCUGUUGGUGCUUUUAACCUUCUAUCACACAGAGUUGUCGUGGCUGAACUGGUGCCUGACGGGAUCUUCCUUGCUCAGCUUGCUUUUUAUUGUGUGCUUCAGGGAGUCCUACGACAGACUCUAUCUGGACGUCUUUAUUUCCGUCUGAUGGCCCCCGGACGGGACUGAACUGUCGGAUUAGGUUUUGCACAUAAUGGACUGUAGCCGUGGACUGCCGAAGCUGCACUACUAACGGACUGUCUCGUCGUUUCACUCCCCGCACCGGAGAACCCGGGACUCUCCUUUCCUCGAGGAAGUCUUUUUAAUUGUCGUCCUUCUCCGGAUACGUUAAUAAAAAUGAACCUUUUUAUCUUUUAAUGAAGAAUGGAGGACGACGCGUUCACUACGAUUUUUAUAUUCAGCGUUGGGAGCGUUUUAUUGGUUCGCUGGCACUUUAUCUUGCUGUCUGCUCCGUGUCCUUGCCCGCUCCCAUACUGGUGGAGGAAACCGGAUUUAAAGAGCC